CCAAAGCAGAGCGUGCUCACUUAACCACUCAGCCACGAGGCUGGCCCCUGGAGUGAUAUUUCUGAAGCAUGAGUCAAAUCAUUUCACUCCUCUUUAUACAACCGUUAGCAUAAAAUCUGAACUCUCCACAAUGACCUACAGGCCUUACCUGAUCUGGCUGCUGCCUGUCUCUCUGACUUCAUCUCCCUCUGCUCUGUCUUCAUUCUCUACGUCCCAGUCACACUGACCUUUCUGUCCAUCACAGGGCAUCGAUGCUUGCUGGUUUUGUCUGCUUGGAGUGCUUUUCUCCUUGACUUUACGUGGUUUUUUCACUUUCCAUUAAGGCCUUGACUCAGUUGUGAUCUUUUCUGAAAGGUCUUUGCUGGCCACACUAGCUAAGUAGCCUCCCAGUCACUCUCUACUACAAAACCCUAUUUUGUUUUCUUCAUAGUACUUAGAAUACUUCAAAUUACAUUUAUUUAUUUAUACAUUUAUUAUUGCUCUCCACGCCUCCUGAAAUGUAAGCCCUUAAAGACAAGGAAUCAUAUCUCUCUUAUCAUGCAUUCUGUCAGUGCUCAGAACACUGCUCGACACAUAGUAGGCUUGCAAAUGUGUGCUGACUGACUCACUGCUUGUCUCAGUAGUCUUAUCUCAUAGCACUGUUCUUGCCCACUGUGUUCCAGGUUAUAUACUUCUCUGUUUUGAAAGUGCCAUCCUCUCUCCUGAGGUCUCUUGCAUCUGCUGUUUCCUAAACCCACCCCAGACCCCACACCCACUUGCCAUUUAUCCUUCAGAUAUGAGUCACUUACUUAGAGAUGACUUCCCUGACCUCCAUUCUAGGUUAGGAUUCCCUUCCCAUAUCACCUUAUCCUUUUUCAUAGCAGUCAUCACAUUGAAAAUUAUUUGUAAGCUCUUUGCAGGUAGGGACCAAGUUCUAUUCUUCCCUCAUUUUAUCUCCAGCAUUUAAUGUCUGGGACAUAGUAGGCAUGCAAAUAUUUGUGAGCUGAAUGAAUGACUGUUGAGUGAAUGCAAGAUUGAGAGGAUCAAAUUAUAUAAAAAUUAGGAGAGCAAUUGGCAUCGAGUGUAGGUUAGCUGAAUCUGCCCUCCCUACUUCAUAGAAGUUUUUGGAUCUUGUGAGUUAGGGAUAGGAAAGCAUUAUAGAAACUGAAAGUGCUUUAUAAAUAUGAGAAUUAUUUUUCUUUUUUUGCUAAGGCCUAUUCACCAUCAGAUCCUUAUGGUUUGAUGAUCUUUCAAAGUAUAAAGCUUUAUGUUUCUUAGCAAUAAUGCCUGAUUCUGUUAUUUUAGAGCUAGUUUAGGUGGUAAAAUAUAAAGAAUUGAGGCUAAUGUUGAGGCCAGAUUAUAAGGUAGCUACAUUCUUGACACUCUUCGUUCAACUGGACCAUCUUUCUUUAGCAAUACAUGUGAGUUUUAAUCUUGCCGCCGAUGUGUGACCUUGGCCAAAUUAGAUGAUCUCCUCAAGUCAGGUAUAUCUUGGUAAACCUAGUGAAUAUAAUUCCUGUCUCCCCAAUAUCUCGCCAGAAUCGGAUUAAAGUUAGUAAAAUAUUUCAAAUUUCCUGUGUGAAAUUUGCUCCCUUUAUAUAAAAGGUAAUUUCGUUUUCUUAUUAAUUUAAUUUCUUCAGAGCCUGCCAUUGUUUCAUGCCAAGAACAAAGCUGUGUAUUUUAGAAGCUUUCUUUUCACAUUUUCCUGUAUCUGUCUUGUGUCACUCAGACCCUCGAGAUGUGUACAUCAAGGACUCAGAGUUUAUAGCUCAAAGUUGUAAAAGAUGUUCGUUCCUUUUUCUCUUGCUAAGGAUAUUCUGUCCACCACUUGCCUUUCUGGAACUAUUGAUCCUUUUUUUUUUCAUUUUUAAUCUUCUCACUUAGAUGUACUGCUUCAGGGCAAUUCACCCAAUGGUAUAACCAAAAACUAAAAUGUUCCUCAUUGCCUACAGUUUUACAUCCAAAUGCUUUUUGCGUUCCAGGGGUCGGUAGGAUUUUUCGAGUGCUGCAGUGCAUUCAAUGUGGUGUGUUUGCUAAUAGGUUGAUAAUGUAACAAACCACAGCUAGUGGGCAGGGUGGUGCAAUGAGAUACCAUUCUGUUGCUUUUCCAGAAUAAGCACACUCCUCGACCUACUGACCAAAGGUGGUUUUCCCAUUAGCUUUUCGAAUGGUUAAGAUGGGGGUGGAAGAGGCACUUAGGUGCAGAGAAUAACUUAAGAGGUUGACUUAGACACCUUUUUUGUCUAUUGAGUUGUCUGUGGGGCCUUUUGAUUUCAUUUCAGGGCAUCUUCCUACCUCCCCUACCUCCCCCCGCCCCAAACAAGACAAAAUCUGACACAGUUCCAAGGGCAAAUCUAUUCCUGAACAAAUGCCAAAGACAUUUUAAAGAUUGUGUCUUACCAGAGAGAGUAAGAAGAAAGCUAAUGAGAAAGAGAAUAGCAUCAAUAAGCGUGAAAGUAUCCUGGGUAGUCUGAGAUCAGUCUCUUCAUGUCCCAUAUCUUAACAUGUUGCUUUGUUUUGAAAAAGGCUAUUUAUUGAGUCAUCUCUGUGGACAGCACCAUGAUAAGCAAUUGUACGUGCAUUAUUUCAUAACCAUCCUAGUCACCCUGCAAGAUGAGGAAACUAGAAUAGUUCCGUUUGAAAAUAGAGCUUGAAGACAAACGUGAAUGUAACCCUUUACACCCCAAGACGUGAUUCUAAGAACUUUUCCUCAAACUAUCUUACUUUUUUGGUUUGAUGCCUUUGUACUCAGAUUGAUUUUGCCUUGAGUCAUCCAGAGUUAUGAGAGUGACCAGGGUUACAGUUUAGUGAAAUGACUGACUGGAUGAUGUAUUUUAAUGGAAAAUGUCUGGGCCAAAGGAAUCAACAGUCUUGGGGGAGCUAAACCUGGUUCCACACUGAGUUUUAUGACCUUGUGGAAGUCAUUUCCUUCUUUGGUCAAGUCACUUCCUGCUUGUCCUCUCUAAACCGAAGAGCACUUCCAGCUAUAGACGACCACGAAUCUCUCGUUGGAAAUAUAGACUCUCAGAGAGUGAAUCUACUUCAGCAAAAACAGGCAGACCUCUGAGACCAGCCAAGGACUUUUGAGAGUGGAAGGAGAGCUGGUCAUCUGUCUUCAAUCUCAGGCUAUCGUUUGGAAGCAAUGAGUUUAAAACCCUUCACCUACCCGUUUCCAGAGACGAGGUUUCUUCAUGCAGGACCCAAUGUGUAUAAAUUCAAAAUCAGAUAUGGCAACAGCAUAAGAGGGGAAGAGAUACAAGAUAAGGAAGUCAUCGUCCAGGAGCUGGAGGAUUCUAUUCGUGUGGUCUUAGGAAACUUGGACAAUUUGCAGCCAUUUGCUACAGAACACUUCGUUGUAUUUCCUUAUAAAAGCAGAUGGGAGAGAGUGGCCCACCUGAAAUUCAAACAUGGGGAAAUCGUCUUGGUCCCCUAUCCAUUUGUUUUCACUCUGUAUGUGGAGAUGAAAUGGAUUCAUGAAGACUUGUCGCCUGGGAAACCAGUAAACGACUGUCCUCUUGGGUUGGUCCUUCCUGAGAGGACAGCAGCAGGAGCCAUGCUGAGGAAACGAAAACGCGGGCAAGUGCCCAGCUCCCCUGGCAGGCCAGGACUGGACAGGGCCAAGAUGGGGACUUCCAGCCAAGACUCCAGCAAAAAGAAGCCCCCUAUGGAAACCAGAAGGAACAGGGAAAGAAAAACCCAGCAGGAAUGGCAGGAGACUCCAGCGUUUGAUAUCACCAAUGUCCAGGACCAGGAUUCUAAGCGUGGAGAUAGCGUAGCAGGGCAGAUUGUCCCACCAGUGCCGCAGAACAAUCCACCUCCACCUGAAGGACCCACAGAGCUGGGAACCAGUGGCUUCUUUGGGUUUCUAAGCCCUGGCCCUUGGGCAGCUUUUGGACACAAGGGAAGCAGAAAGCAGCAGAGGCGGCUCUCUGAGGACCACACCUCAGAGAAGAGCUAGAUCUCCCAGGUGGGACUGCUCGAGGCCUCUGCAGGGAGGCAGGCCUGAAAGCCGAUCUCCAAGAGGGCGUGGCUCCAGGAUGCUGGCAAAUAAAAAUCCGGAGAGCCCGCACCGUCUGGAGACCAGCAGUAGGCGCGAGGACCCACUCAGCAAGCCAUCACUCGGUUCCUGGGCCUUGGAAGUGGUAAGGCCCCUGAGGCAAGGGGAGCCCUGGGAGGGCCUCGGCACUGUGGAUAAGGGUCCUGCAGGCCAAGAAGGGGCAGCUGGAGGGAGACGGAGGUUAGUGCUCCAGAUGGUGGGAGAAAUUCCGGGGGAGAAUCAGUGCAGUGGGCUGACACACAAGUCACAUCCAGAGACAGCUGCUCACACUCAGACCCAUCCAGAGAGACACUCACAGGCAGACACACACACACACCCAAAGGCAGACACAGGGAAAAGACAGCUCCACUCACAGAACUCAGAAAGACCAACCUAGCCAGGCUCAUUCACCUGGAGGCAUUCGGUGUUUAAAGAACUCGCCCUCCCACCUGCACACCCAUCUAGAGACGUCUGUCUGCCCGCUGUGUUUCAGAUGCCCAUGGCGUCCCCCCAAACCCUGCUCCUCUGGCUGCUGGUCCUGGCAGUCACUGAAGGCCAGGGUCGGCAGGUGGCCAUCCCAGGCUGCCACUUGCACCGUGAGUAACCCUGGGAGCAGAGAGCUGGGUGGGUGCAGUUAGCUGAUGGACUAGACCGAGGGGCAGGUAGCACCCUCCAUGUGGUUCGGGCAACAGAGCUGGGCGAGCCUUCGCAGAGGCACUGUCUACCACUCGCCUGUCUCCUUCUAGCCUUCAACGUGACGGUGCGAAGUGACCGCCAAGGCACCUGCCAGGGCUCCCAUGUGGCACAGGCUUGUGUGGGCCACUGCGAGUCCAGUGCGUUUCCUUCCCGCUACUCCGUGCUGGUGGCCAGUGGCUACCGACACAACAUCACCUCCGUCUCCCAGUGCUGCACCAUCAGCAGCCUGAGCAAGGUGAGGGGCCAGCCCAGUGGGGGUUCCUUGGGGUUUGGGGGAGACAGACACCUAAGAUGGCCCAGAGAAGGGGGCUGGAACAUGGACCCUGAUCUCCCACAGGUGAAGGUGCAGCUGCAGUGUGGGGGGAACCGGAGGGAAGAGCUGGAGAUCUUCACGGCCAGGGCCUGCCAGUGUGACAUGUGUCGCCUCUCGCGCUACUAGCCCAUCCUUUCCCUCCUCCAUUCCCUUGGUCAGAGGGUUUGAGUUGGAGUAUAUCCUGUCUAUCCCAAGCCUUACUGUGGACAACAGCUCCAACCUUCUUAAGAUUCUGUGACUGUCACCUCCUGAGAAGAGGGGAGUUCCUGCCUCCGCCUGGCCUCCUAAGCAGCCUUUCAUCAUUUCCCUUCCCUCUCUGUCCCUAGCCCUAAAUAAAGCAAGCAGUGCUCGA